AUGUGGCAGUGCCAGCUGUCCCAGCCGGAUUGCCGCUGCUACCGCGUGGACGGCUUCUCCCUGCUGAAACGCCUGCCACUGCAUCCCCUCAUUGGGCCCCGCUGCCCCGUCCAGUCCGUGGGCCAGUGGCUGGACAACAUCGGCUUGGUCCAGUACGAGAGCCACCUGCUGGCCAACGGCUUCGACAACGUGCAGUUUAUGGGCACUAACGUGGUGGAGGACCAGGAUCUGCUGGAGAUCGGGAUCUUAAAUUCAGGCCACAGACAGCGCCUCCUGCAGGCCAUCCGCCUCCUUCCCAGGGUACGACCCAUCGGCUAUGACGGAAACAACCCCACAUCUGUGGCGGAGUGGCUGGAGUCCCUGGAGCUGGGAGACUACACCAAGACUUUCCUCAUCAAUGGAUACACCUCCAUGGACCUGGUCAGGAAGAUCUGGGAAAUAGACCUCAUCAAUGUGCUGAAGAUAAAUUUCAUCGGACACAGGAAGCGUAUUUUGGCGUCUCUGGGAGACCGGCUACACGACGACGUGGCCCAGAAGCCAGUCCGUGCCACCUCCUUAAGGGACCCGAGCGGGAACCACACGCCCCCCCAGCUGUCCCCGUCGCUCGGCCAGAGCGCGUACGCCGCCAGCUCGCUGGACGUGCAGCACCUCAUGAUGCAGGCCGACCCCCGCCGGCGGCGCAACGACAGCUACUUCGAGGAUGUGCCGCGCUCCAAGCUGGAGCGGCAAAUGGCCCAAGUCAGCAUGCAAGGCGAGUGGUGUGAGCCAAUCACGUUGCGGCCCCCCAACGAGGCGACGUCGUCCACGCCGGUGCAGUACUGGCAGCACCACCCAGAGAAGCUCAUCUUCCAGUCGUGUGACUAUGAGGCCUAUUACCUGGGCUCCAUGCUGGUGAAAGAGCUGAGAGGAACAGAGUCCACGCAUGAGGCCUGUGCCAAGAUGAGGAAGUCUACAGAUCCGAUGAAGAAGAUCCCAACCAUAGUCCUCUCUGUCUCCUACAAAGGCGUCAGAUUCAUUGAUGCCACCAACAAGAACAUUAUUGCCGAACACGAGAUCCGCAACAUCUCCUGUGCUGCCCAGGACCCAGAGGAUCUCUCCACCUUUGCCUACAUCACCAAAGACCUCAAGUCCAGCCACCACUACUGCCACAUCUUCACAGCCUUCGACGUGAACCUGGCCUAUGAGAUCAUCCUGACACUGGGACAGGCGUUCGAGGUGGCGUACCAGCUGGCCCUCCAGGCGCGGAAGAGCGGUCAUGGGUCAUCCACGCUGCCCGAGAGUUUCGACAACAAGGCCGGCAAACCUAUCCCCAAGGGCCGGAUCAACAUCCGCAAGUCUGUCAUGCCCCCCUCUAGCUGCUGGUCCCUGGGGCAUGUAUACACCCCCCACUGGCCUCCUCUUCACCAUCCUCUUCAUCCUCACAAAGUUCAGUUUCAGAUGGAGCAGCCCUCAAUGGAUCAGAAAAGCCAUGCCAACGUGCCAUGGAUACUGGAACCAGGGCAGGAGGCCAAGCGGGCAGUCAGCACCAAGUAUGAAACCACUAUUUUCUAAUAUACGCUCACCGUCCUCUCCUGAGUGUGUGCCUUUAGAGCGCCCUCUAGAGGACCCUCCCUGUUGAGACACGGGCCGAGUGGCCUGUGACCUCUCGCCGCCCACGGUUAACUGUGGCCGCUGCACAAUGCCGCCGCUGGCUCCUCUGUCCCUCCCGACUUCCCGCGGAGGGCGCUGCGGGAGCAUGAGCGCAGGCCCCAGCGUGUGCCGCUCUGUCCUGGCCUGCAGGGGGCAGCAGUGGGCUCCCAGAGUCAGACCUCAGUGUUAGCCGCUCCAUUCGGUCUUCGCUCCUCUCUACACCCUGCGGUCCUCGCUCCUGUUUUCCCGGGGGCCUCUUUUGAGCGGUGUCUACGGACCACCCCGACGGCCUGAACGAAAGGGUCACCGUUUUUGACCUUUGAACUUCUCCUUGGGCGCAUUCUGAGCUGUUGCUGGGGGCAGGGGGGGGACCAUUUUUUUGGGGAGACCGGCGGAAAAGCGAGGGAGACCUGAUAGCUCGGCUUCAGUGCCCACAGGAGGAAUGGACUGUUAGAACGCAUGUCUUGCUUGAAUGCAAUUUAGCAAAUUUUUGAAAGUUCAGCCCACAUGCCUUGCAAAGUCCUCUGAUACCUUACAUUUUAUAGUGUUUUUCAGUAUGGCUUAAGCAACAUUUUUGGUAACUCGCGUGAUCCUUUACUCCAAGCAAACCGAUUGGCUUGAAUCUUUCUUAAUGGAGCAUGUGGGUGCGUCAGAACACAAGAAGGAACUGGCAGUGUGAUAUUUGAUACUGGAGUGUAACACCAGGGAGCAACAAAACUAUCUACAUACCAGUAAAAAGUGAGAGGUGUUAUUUUUCAUUUAUUUGAAAAAAAUUAGCGGUCUGAGAAACGCAGGGCAGCUUACCAAGAGUAAGAACCCUCAGGUGGAUGGAGGAGGAGGAGAGGCCCAAGGCUGUGUUUCUCAGGGACUCUGGGUCAGUGAUGUUAUCUCACUCACAGGGCCAGUGCUGAACAUGCAUGUCCAUCACUGUGGAAUAGAAAGAAUGUAAUCAGCCCUGAACACGAACCCUCUAAUUGCAAAGGUCGUGCAACAUGCACAUAUGUACAGAUGCAAGGACAUUGUUUGAACGUGCAAAUUGUAACCGGUCCCCACCUGCUUCCCUUGGGAUGAGGAGCAUGCAGAUUUGAUCUUUGACCUUUUGGAUAUUGCCUGGUGGCUACCUUGCAAAGACACUCCUGCCAAUCAUCUUAGUCUCAUCUCAGAAGCUCCAGCAGGGACAUCAAAGCCAGCACGGGGAGAGAGGACUCCCAGCUUUCAGUUUUGGAAGUUUGGGACCACAGUAUGAACCCGUUCAAAGUGAAGGGACAGGGCUUUUGGAACAGCCUUCUCCCAGCUGUGCUCUAGUGUGUG